GCGAGUACAUUCUCGUCUGCAGGUAAUUUGAAUCCAUUUUACUGUACGUAUUUUGGCUGGUGAUAAUUACUUUUCCAUCAAUGGUCCGGUUUUAGAGACUAUAUAUAUCACGAUUAUGGAAAGAGUAUCUCACAUUCUCACAAUAUGGAAGGAACUUCUCAAACACUUCCUUACACCAUAAGAUUUGUUGGUCUACUUGGCAGUCAUUCUCUUGGUAGAAAUCCAAAGUUUAUGGCUACGGCGGUAGAUUUAGGAAGGGAAUUGUUAAGACGAAAAAUUAAACUUGCCUAUGGAGGAGGUAGUGUCUGCCUUCAAGGAGCUGUUGCUUCAACAGUCUUUACCAAUGGUGGUCUCGUUAGAGGUUUCAUUCCUGGGUACAUAGCAACACGACGGGUCUAUGGACCUACGUACGGUGUAGAGCACACAGUUUCCAGCAAUUACUACAAAUAUUUUGAGAUGAAUCAUGCCGUGGAAGCUUUCAUUGUUCUUCCCGGAGGAGUUGACACUAUGGAAGGUUUGUUUACCUUGAUCUCGUGGGCUUCUGAAGGGUUACACAAUAGACCCAUUAGUCUUUUAAACAUUGACGGUUAUUUCAAUAACCUUCUCAAAUUCUUAAACGAUGCAGUGAGACAGAACUUCAUGGCUUCCAGUCAGAGGAAACUUUUUAUUUCUUCUUUCUUUGUUGACGAGCUUUUAGACAAACUAGAGUUUGCUAAAGCUUUCCCAGGUUCUGGAGCUGGUUACGACGAGUUUGCAAAUCCUGAGAGAUUAGACUUAGAAUUGCAUCUGUAACUGGUGGUCCCGAAGUGGUGAGAUACAAAGUCUAGAGGGGGGGUGAAUAGACUUUGUUUCAAAUUUAAAACUUUUUCGUUUCUUUUGAAAACGUGAAAAUGAGUGUUAAUCUAGAGUUCUUGUGAACUUUAGAUUGUGUGUGGAAGUUGGUGGGUAGAGUGAGCAGUAAUCAAUAUGGAUGGGUUAG